CAGGAGAAGAGCACGCAUUGGUUGGCUGCGAUUUUUCCCGUCUGUUUUCCCAUGGAAAUUCAGUAGCUGCUGCUCGAACAAUGUGUCAGAUUAGCCAGAGCAAUUGUUUCUAGCCGCUGUGCGAGAAAAGCAGGUGAAAAUGGCCGAAGUCGUGCAGCGUCCGCAGAGAUUCUACUGUCAUGUGUGCAGCAUCGAGAUCGAGAACAUCUCGACGGACUUCACGUGCCCACUGUGCUCGGGCGGGUUCAUCGAGGAGCUGCCGUCCGCCGCCGCGGAGCCCUCGAGUGCCGACGAUGUUGAGAUGUCAGAGUCUUCGGACGCUGUUUUCCCGGAGAUCAAUCAUCGCUUCAACGAUGAACUCCUGUCCACGCUCUUCAUGUCAAUGACCGGCGCCCGGCCGCUGCCGCCGGAUGGUGGUCCGGGCGAGGGUCAGAGCACCGCCGGGCGCUCCCGGAACCGCUCCAAUCGCAAUCCGCAGCGCAUUGGCGUGCACAGCGUGAAUCUGGACAACUUUCUCCAUGAUUUUGUGAUAUCGGUGAUGGGCGCCGGCCCGGGAACGCCCAUGUUCUUCAUGGGCAAUCCCGGCGACUAUGCGUGGGGACACGAGGGCAUCGACACGAUAGUGACGCAGUUGCUGAACCAAAUGGAGGGCACGGGGCCGCCGCCGCUGGCGCGUGACAAGAUCGCCGAGAUCCCGAAGGGCGAGAUCUGUCAGGAGCAGGUGGACACCAAGCUGCAGUGCUCCGUGUGCCUGGAGGACUUCCAGCUGACCGAAGCUGUCAGACAAUUGCCAUGCUCGCAUCUCUAUCACGAGAACUGCAUUGUCCCAUGGCUGGAGCUGCACGGUACCUGCCCAAUCUGCCGGAAAGCCCUGUCGCCGGAGGCUGAGGAAUUCACCCGGAGUAGUAGUUUAAAUGCCGCUGCGACUUUGGCAGUGAAUUCGCUAAGAAAUACACUCUACAGAACUGAUAACGAAGGCCCAGGAUCGUCGACUAGUCAACAGAGCCAGCCGCAGACGUCCACAAAUCCGUCGGAAAGCCGCCAGGCGGAUCAUCAGGCGCGCAGCCAGCGGCGGUACGAUGACGAUGAUGGUCCGCCACAGUUUGAUUUUGACUAGAGUGAGGGACAGAGGAAAUUUUGGUGAAAAGACGCCCCAAAUCCCGUUUUGUGUUGUGAGGAUAGAAAGAUAGCAAAAAAACAAUCUGUUUGCGGUUUCACUGAACAGAGAGAGAGAAAGAGAGAGAGAGGGUAAGAGAGAGAGACAAAGAUAAAGAGAGAAAAGUCACACACUAAUUUUCCAAGUACGUAAAAUCGUUUAUCAAGAAAUUUUUUGUAAGAAUAAUCUCCAUAAUUCUCACACAUUUCCACGAAUUUGAUGAUUAAUUGAAAUUCCAUUUGUGGGCUAUUGAAUGUGCACGGUUGUGUUUUGGUUUUCUGUGGAGAGGCUUUGUUUUUCCAUUUCGCGCCACUGUGCAGAAAAUGUGCCGGAAUUCGCGAUGCUCAAAUUCAAAAUUGUUAAUUAUUAUAGUCCUCUUGAACCUACAAUAUUGCAGCCAAUGUGUCAGUCAGUAUUCCUUCCUGUAACCGACUAUGAAGUAAUAUAGAGAGAAGAGGAAGCAUAACAAUGGUGUUGACACUGAGUUUGAUUGUAAUGUUGAUAUUGUGCGGCCCUCGAAAUUUCACAACUUUUCCUUUCUUCGUGUGUGAGAGAUGAUAAAUAAACUGAGAAAAAAUACAUAGAGAAAAAGAAGAGGAAAUUCAUAACUAUAACUAUAUAGCUUCAAACAAAUGACAUAGGUAGGUACUAAAAGAUUCGCUUAAUUUAUCCACAGUGAAAACACGAUGAAUGAUACAGAUUACGUGGAAAAUAUAACAAAAAAAAUACCAAGUGUGAAAUCUCUAUUAAACAGAGAGUGAAUAAAAUAUUUCUCACAAAAUCGUGGUUUUCUUCAGAGAGA